CAGAAAUUCUAAGGUGUUGUCAUCCGCGUUCUUUAGUUUGGUAUGUUUAACAUAGGGCGUGUUGACAAUGAGGCUCUUACAUCGGCUAUAUUUCAUCAUUUAGUUGGUGGUAGAGGAUGUCUAACAUUAGUUUCUUAAUAUAAGGGAGACCGUUUAGUAGCUCGGGAAAUAAAUAUUUAAGACAAAGACUUUAACUAUGGAAGAGAAGAAGGAAGAAGGAGAAGCUGAAAUUCAAGAGCACGGCCCUGAGCACUGGUUUUCCAAAUGGGAACGACAGUGCUUAGCAGAGGCUGAACAAGAUACUCCGAGCUCCGAGGAGACCGAACAAAGUCAACAAAAGCUGUGGCACCUUUUUCAGAACUCGGCCACGGCUGUCGCGCAGCUCUAUAAAGAUCGUGUAUGUCAGCAGCAAGGUCUCUCCCUUUGGGUGCCCUUCCAGAACGCAGCUACAGCUGUCACUAACUUAUAUAAAGAGAGUAUUGAAGCCCACCAACGGAGCUAUGACUUGGGAGUUCAUUUAGGCCAUCAGCGCAGGAAUAAGGAGGUGAUUGCGUGGUUGAAGAAACGCCGAAGAACAAUCAGACGUGAAGAACUUAUUAGUUUCCUGUGUGGCAAAGUUCCACCCCAACGGACAACCCGUGCGCCACCCAUAGUUGCUAUGGUGUCUGCGAGUCGACCACCACCGGCGGAGUCGGACAGCUCUGUGGAGACGGACCUGCAGCCCUUCAGAGAGGCGAUCGCCUUGCAUGGUCUUAGUGGUGCCAUGGCCAGCAUUUCUGUGCGCUCCGGUCCUCCCGGUUCGCCAACUCACCCUGCCCAGUCUCUCAGUCGACGUAGGAACGGUCUUCACGAUGUGGACCUUAACACCUUCAUAGCCGAGGAGAUGGCUCUUCAUUUAGAUCCUGCAGCCAGUCGCAAACGAGGCUCUGCGCCCUGCAGUGACGUCAUCACAGACUCGCCCACUCAUAAACGUAACCGGAUGCUCUGAACUUUUUCCGACAACCGUGACUCCUCAGCUGUCCUCUCCUCGGUGGCCGGUUGGACAGGUGACGGGGACUGAUGCCUUGGCCAACCAUUUAAAAUCUUCCUCUUUAGUUGCAAUGUUACAAAUAAAGGAAAGCUUGAAUAUUAUCAGCCUGCAUAUUUAGCCCCUUCUUUAUCACUGCCAUUUUUUUUCUCAAUAGGAAACUUGUUGCUCAUUCUUUGCAUGUUAAAAGCUUUGUUUAGUUCUUUUUUUGUUUACUUCCCUUAAAUACACCCUGCAUUUUAAAUCCUAUAAUUGAGGWGUAAAGCAUUUGGCCUGUUUGUUUGAAAUUUUCUGAUGUGAUGAACCAGGAUCUUUGCAGUUCUCCUCUUCCUUCAUUUUGGUGUGACGGCCAAACCAGAUUGGACUAAAAUUAGGAAUCCUGAUGUUUGGCUCGCCUUGAAAACACUUCUCAACACGUGGAUCUUAUUCUGCUGCUGUUAUGCUUUUGCGUAUCUCACAGCAAAACUGCCACUUACGUCUUCGCCUUUGAGAAAGCUGCUACAGUAUUUCUGGCUGUGACGCAACUCUCUCUCUGUCUGUGUGUGUGUGUGUGUGUUUCCUCAUUCUGACAUUUUUUUUCUUCUUCCUGUAUUCUAACUAGGAUUUUAUCACAUCUCAUCCAAACAAGUGGGUUGAUGGAUAGAUUUAUUCAAAACUUUAACCUUUGUUUAAUUUUUGUUUUGCAGUCCUUCACAAUCAUGCAGUUGUCAAAGUUUACAAACCUAUGUGCACAUUUUCUUUUUUGGCAUUCAAUUACAACACAGUUCUUAAAUAUAACAAUGCAAACGGUAAGAGUGUUUGAAAGCUUGCAAAUUGACCUGCUUAAUGUUUACACUUGACCCAUUCAUAGGAUCAUAGACAUUGCCAUCAUUCUACGUCUCAUGAUUUUUUCACGUUUUCACGUGUGUAAUUUCAGCUUUAAUCUGAGAAGGGGCCGGAGGCUGUGAGAUUAUAUUUUGUUUAUCCAGCUCAUGGAUUAUGGAGUGUGUUAGUUCAGCAAAACGCUUGUUUUUGCUAAUUUCACACACUGUUUUGUGAUACAAUCUUGUGCAAGUGUGUAAAUAAUAUGUAGGUGCUGUAAUGUGGUACAUAUUGUAAAAAGAAGUGCUAAUCCAUGGAAAUGUCCUUGUACAUUGAUUCGGAAAUUAAAGACAGUACAAAUGUUUA